CAUAAACUUCACGUGCAAUGUGCAGGGAAUCUAUCCCAUGAAACCCCAGCCCAUUUGUUUCCUCACCCACCAGCAAACAGGCAACGACUUGGGUGGUAAUGUGUACAUCACUGUACGGAACGACAUCUUCACAUGCACUUAUAUUCAGAAACUGAAUAACCUAAUCCCGAGAGACGAACAGUUAACUAUAACUAUCGCCCCAGCCGUCUGUGAAGUGGAAAAAUACGAACAAAAAAAAGCUAGCGCCAUUGGAAUUACAAACACAAGUGCUGUAGUCAAUUUGAGACUUCCAACGGUCAAACCAAUAAAUUGCCCCAGCGUUGGGGUGAAGGCUGGAGAUACGGUCAGCUGCACGUGCUACCUAGAUGACCCAGGAUAUCCUCCAGGACAACCCAGAUGGUAUUCCAACAAUACGGGCGUGUUAUCUACUGGUAACGACUGUUCACAAGUGCUGACUGUACAGAUGACGUCACAAAAUCCAAACCCAGUCUACGUAUGUGAUGUUUACACAAUUCUACAAAAUAAUAUCCUGUCUUCCAGCUCCAACACAUUUACGCCAAAAACAAUUUUUGGACCAGGGGCUCUUGACAUGAUCCUGACUCCAUCAGACAGCUACUAUGAUGAUUGUCCAGGCUCGGCAGGCAUUACGAUCAACUGUACAGUGCCCUACAACCAGAUCAACGAGUUUCCAUACUUUACAAUAAUGCAAGAUACAGAGACUAUUUCAACUUCGCAUGGCCAGCUGUCCGGUAUUCAAUUUUACGGUCACCAGAAAACUGUCUACCCAAAGUCAUACGGCAAGCACACGUUCUCUUGUCUGGCCGAGAACCUAAUCUACCCCGAGAUAUUUCAAAGAAAGGAUCAAUCUAUCGAAAUCAGAGCUCCGUUACUGACAGCUCCUUGGAUACAAACUGACAAACAUCCUACAAGAUCUGGCACAUUUGACGCCGAGGUGAGUGUUGGUGAGAUGAUAUAUGUCAGAUGUGUCGUGGAUGGCGGGGUGCCCAACGAGUACGACAUAUACCUGGACUGCCUGUCAAAGUCGAACUUGGCGAAGGGAAACCAAGUCAUCAACAGGGUGGAGGUGACUCAAGAGACGUACGGUCGUUCCUGUGUGUGUGGAGCUAAGCACGUCACUGGCUGCUACAAGCUGACGUCAACGAUGACGUUCGUUAAAGCAGUAGACACCAAGAUGCCUUUGAUUGUUGGUCUGUCGUGUGGUGGUGGUGUGGUUCUAAUUGCAGUCGUUUUGGUGGCCAUCGCCUGUUGGAGAUACCACUCUAAGAAAGCUCACGAAUUCAUCAACAAGGAUCUCGUUGGCUAUGAUAGGCCUCGUGCAAUUGGUUCCAAUGGCAAUCCGUAUAUUGUCCACACGCUUUUGGAGGAGGUCUCCGAUGAACCACCGGAGUAUUCAGCACCUGAUGAAACACCGAACCCUCAAGAUACUGAGUACAACCCUACUGUAGGCUAUCCAUAUCCGCCGAACUAUCCAUAUUCACUGAGCCAGAACUAUCCAUAUCCACAGAACUACUCUGAUGGAUCUUUUGAUCCUAAAAACUACGAUAAAUUUAACGGAUCAAUCACAGAUUUCUAUCGGCCCUUCAAUCCAUCUGAUUACAGCCAAUCGAACUACAACCAAUCGAACUGCAACCAAUCGAACUACAACCAAUCAACGACGUCAGGCCGUCAAGCUAGCAACGAAUCUGUGCCGUACACGGUCGCCUGGGGACACCGCCCAUUACCCCCAAACUAACCGGAAGCAGAUUAUCUCCAGAUUAUCU